GAUUAAAACACACAUUCAAGAUGACCAAGCUUGAGAGGUUGUAAGAUAUAUGAAACCCGAACACGACUCUGUUUGGUGUCUUUGACAUCAGCCUGUUGACCUCCAUCUCCAUCAGAAAGAAUGAAGUGUGUCUCCCUGUUCCUUGUGUUGUCGCUGGUCGUCCUCAUGGCCGAACCAGGAGACGCUUUAUUUAUCCACAUGUGCUCCCCCGGAAUUUUUGGAGGUCGCCACCGCCUCCCCUGCGCUCGGCAACCCCGGUUUGGAGACCAGCAGCAGCAGGACCAGCAGCAGCAACAAGAGCAAAUGGAUCGUCGCUUCUUUAACCGGGAGCGGGACGCUUUUGACUAAACUUCCAUCUGGAAGAGCCAUGCUAAAACUUUGCUUUAGUAGAACAGAAAUGCUUUAGUUCUUCAGAAUUCAGAAAUAAAACAUGGCUUGGAAACAUUUUUGCAGUGUAUUUUUCAAAAUUUUGAUUGAUUUGGGAAGAAAUGUUGCUCAUUUUGAAUAAAUCUUCAUUGUUAUGCACCAAAA